AAAAAAUAUUAGGAGUUGCUUAAAACGCACUAGUCGUAAACAAGUGGGGGGAAAUGAAGGAUAAAGCAUUAGUCAAAACUCAUAACUUAUUUUGGUACCCGAUUCUAUUGAGUAUUGAGCGACGAUCUGAUAUCUGAUAUCGCUAUUCUGUCGUGAAUUGAUCUGCCGGCUGACUGAGUUGGAAGCUUCCAGAUUGUUCUGCCACCAUGGAUGUUCCCAGCUCUUGGGACGCUCUCCGAAAACAGGCUAGAAAACUUGAAGCACAACUGGAUGAGCAGAUGAAUUCUUACCGCAAACUGGUUGCUACUAAAGUUGACGGUAUAGAUAACAAUCUUGAGUCUGGAAUAGAGCAACUACUAAAGCAGCUUGAUCAAGUGAACAACCAGAUGCGAGCAUGGGUGUCAUCUGGAGGCUCAGAGAUGGUAUCUCACACCUUAACCCGCCACCAGGAGAUCCUUCAAGAUUUAACUCAGGAGUUUUAUCGGCUCCGGUCUAGCCUUAGAGCUAAGCAAGAACAUGCAUCACUGCUACAAGACUUCAGAGAAUUCGAUCGAAGCAGGGUAGACAUAGAAGAAGGAGAAGACACAGAGGAGCGAGCUCUGCUGAAGGAGAAUGCAUCUAUCAGUAGGGGCACACUGCAGAUGGAUUCUGUCAUCUCUCAAGCACAAUCUACCCUUGGCACACUUGUACUUCAGCGUUCAACUUUUGGGGGCAUCAAUUCGAAGAUCAGCAAUGUCAGCAGCCGUCUUCCAACAGUGAAUCAAAUUCUUGCAUCCAUAAAGAGGAAAAAGUCGAUGGACACUAUCAUACUUUCGCUGGUCGCAUCUGUAUGCACAUUCUUAAUUUUCAUAUAUUGGCUUACCAAGUAGAGCAAGUUGAUUGAAUAUUCUUUGUGGAGAUCUGGGAUUUCUUCUUCUUUAUCAUCGAAAGCCUUCCAUUUGCAAUUCCUCACUUGAGAAUCUGCAAUUUGCGGGGACAAGAUCAAGCCAAAACGCAUGCCAUGCCAUUAGAACUAGGGACGAAGUUGAUGGGAUCAAUUAGAGCAUUUGUCGGGGGCGAUUCUACUGGUCUUCUUUUAUAGAAAAAAAAUGUAAAGUCGGUAUAGAAAGUUGUGUAUGAACUUCAUGUUGGUAUAGGUUGUACUUAUCGCAAUACUUAUCACCGCAUACAUCGAAUUCCACCUUGCACGUCGGAAAGCCGUUCCUUUUUAUUUUUUUGCUACAUUGAAAGGUCAAUUUUUCAUGUACUCAAUAUGUGGUGUAAUAUCUGAGGAGAGAGAUUAGUUAUGCAUAUGUUUGAGGACGAGUUAUCUUAUAGUAAUGAGACUGAAGUAUGGUGUA